AUGCCCUCGAACGAGCACGCGACCGCCACCGGAAGCAGCGCACCGCGCUUCGGGCGCGUGAACUGCCUGGAUGCGGAGGCGUUUGCGCAGCUCUGCGCGAGGCUGGACCCGAUGCCAGGCAAUCCUGGCGAGCUCAGCGAGGGCCUCCCGGUCUGCCAUAUACCCGCCAGGAAGGGCUCAUCCAUUGGGCGCUAUCGGGUGCGAACCUGCUGGAACGAUGACGACGAGGAUUUCGUUCGUGCUGGAGUCCUCCCCGAAGUGCGGGUUGAGAAGAAGAAGACCUGGCGAGGGAAGGUCACGCACAUGGUCACGGCUAUGGCCAGCCUUGCGACGUCCAUCAGCCGAGUUCAUUUUAUGAUUUAUCAAGAGCAGCAGGCAAUUGCCUGGGGCUUGUGA